AUAUAAUGUGUGAUAUGGUUAAACUAAAGAUGGAAUACGUUAAAACGUGAGACAUGAAAUUUAAAUUUUCUACGUAAGAGGUGAUAGUGACGUAGUUGUUGUAACCAUGGCUCCACUUCCUGUUGAUGGCCGCCAGACCCCAGUAGGAAAUAUGCAAAUAACACCAACACUUCCUCCUGGUGGUGGAACCAUUCCUCUUGGACGUCUUAUUGAGUUCAUUCUGCAAAAGACGUAUCAUGACUUGACAGUGCUUGCUGAGCUGUUACCUCGUAAAACAGACAUGGAUAGAAAAAUUGAAAUAGUUCAGUUUGCUAGUCGAACACGUCAACUUUUUGUAAGGUUGUUGGCUCUGGUUAAAUGGGCUGCAAGUGCAUCCAAAGUAGAAAAAUGUGCUGCCAUCAUGGGAUUUUUAGACAAGCAGUCCAGCUUAUUUAUUGAAACAGCUGAUGUCUUGACAAAAAUGGCUCGGGAAACAUUAGUUCAUGCUAGGUUACCGAGUUUUCAUAUCCCAUGUGCUGUGGACGUUUUAACUCUCGGAACUUAUUCCCGUCUUCCGACCUGUAUACGGGAUCGUAUUGUACCACCAGACCCCAUUCUCCCUUCAGAGAAAAGAAGUACCUUGUUGAGACUGAACCAAAUCAUUCAGUACAGACUUGUCUCAUCUGAUCUGCCUCCUGAAAUGUGGAAUUUGAAAAUAGAAAACGGAAGAGUCAUUUUUCAUGUUGAACAUGAAUUUGAGGUGUCACUGACCUUGAUGAGGGACGGAGUUCUUGUUCCAUGGAGGCUACUAGACAUUGACAUUCUGGUGGAGGAUAAAGAAACGGGAGAUGGAAAAGCUCUUAUUCAUUCUUUACAAGUUAACUAUAUCCAUCAGCUGAUACAGUCUCGACUAAUAGAUAACUCACGGCCACUUCUUGAUGUGUAUACCAUUUUGCAUUCAUUUUGUUUAAGUCUGCAGUUAGAAGUAUUACAUUCUCAGACUGUAAGACUGUGUCGAGAACGACUUGGAGAAUUCAUCAGGAUUGAAGAAUAUGUAGCAGGAAAUUGGCUUGUUCUGUCUUAUUGGAGGGAUCAAAUUGCCAAAGAUGGCCAAGGAUAUAGAGUAUGUGUACAGAUUGAUCCAAACGACCCAAGUAAACCCCUUCAGGUAACUCACGUACCUCAGCUGAAUGUGAUAGAGGCUGGUCAAACAGAACAGGCAAUUAAGAGUGAUCAUCUUUCAAUUGAGAAGCUCUUAAUUCACACUAUUCACAUUCGUACCAAACAAAAAUUGACUGAUUUAAAGGAGGAUUUGAUAUCCAAAUUAGGAGAAACAGAAUGCUCUAUAGGUGGGUCACCAGCCAUCCUGCACUUUCCACUACUACAGCCUUGUAUGCAAUCUGAACAGCUGUUGGUUACAGUAGAUACUCACACUGGCUACUUUCUAGCUCACAUUCCACAGUUUGAGGCUCCAAUGAUGGAAGAACUAAGUGAAUCUUUAAAUAAAGAUUUGAGUCAGGUUGAAGCAUUGGUUUUGGAUCUUAGAUAUUGGGUAGUGUUACGUCGGUGUGAGAAGACUAUUCAGCAUCUACCAGUGAUCUCGAGUGAACAACUUCCACUGAUAGUACCUCCAGAACAUCCAGUGGCUCAGCUGGGAAAGCACAAGCUCUUCAUCAAGCUAUGUAAACAUCAUAAUUACUAUGUGGUUGUUCAGCUGAAACCUCAUGAGGAUAAUCCAAGUGAUGUCGCCUUACAGUAUUACCUAAUGACAGUGAGUCCUCAACCAUUAGAAGAGAGUACAGAUCAGAGGGAUGACACCACAGGUUUAGAACUAGAAUUGCCAAAAUCUUUUCUUCAGGUUGUGAAUUUCCUCCCUCUAAACACUUUUACUAUUUCCCAUGGACCAUUCACCAGCAUUGAAGUUGCAGACCAGAAUGUAGGAGUCAAGAGAAAACUUUUGGCAAAACAACCUGCAGAAAGUUCGGUGAAACGGUUAAAAAACACAGGCUAUUUCAACACUGAACUAGCUCAUGUGAUUGCCAUGUGUGAUGAAAGACUACCUUUCUGCACCCUAACAGCAGAGUUAAAUAGAAGAGGAAUAUGCCAUCAAGGACUUCAAGUAGAAGCUAAUGGGACAAACUUUGUUGUGAAACUUGUUAAAAUGCCCCUUUGUGAAGGAAGUGAUGUUGAGGCUGCUGCCGUAUUGUCAUCUUCAUUAUUAAGUUGUACAUUGAGACUUCCAGGAAAAGGAAUGAGAGCUUGGCUUGUAGAGUUUGUGUUUUGCAACUGCCCCCUAACAAGUCUCUCAGCUAAAGAACAAGGGCCUCGAAGACCAGUAUCAUUCAUGUAUGACUUUGGCAGUGGUACAUCUCGACAAGUUGUGGAGAUGGUGGAUGAAUUACUUCAAGACUGGAGCACAAUGGUUCAUCUAUAUGGUGUUGUUGUUGAGUUUAGUGAAGCACUAAAAAAUGAUCAAGACGGAAACCUGGCCAGCUUAAUGGACAUCAAAAGUUUCACAUAUAAGAAACUAGUUGUUGGUUAUGGGCCCAGUAAAGCUAGCACAGUAACAAUUUACUGGCGAGCUUCUGAGCGACGUUUCCAUCUUGCCUUUGGUGUGGUUGGUCAGACAGUGUCCGCAAGCAACCCACACACUUCAGUUGCAUCUCAGCUACAACAUGAAUUUAAUCAUCACCAUUCUGUUGCCAAGUUGGUUCAGGCCCUCCAUGACACAUACAGUCUUCUGCUGUCUCUGAGCAAGCUACCUUCUGCUCCUCAUCUUGGUGUAAUUUACAGUCGUGCUCAAGUACCAAUCCAGACAUUUGUGAUAAUUGCCCAGUCUUCUACACAUAUCCGAGUAGUAUAUCGUAAUACAUAUUGUCUUGACAUCCACUGUAAACCAGAUGGUUUACUGGCAAUUCAAGAUGGGGCAUUUAGUCUGUUUGACAAAACUAAAGUAGUUGAGGAAUUGAUGCCCAUUCAGGGUCUUAGGGCUUUUUUGAACAAGUUUGUAGAUGAAGCUUCCUCUCAGCUACGGAGGCUUUCACAUUCCGAGGAUGACAAUCCUCCCUCACCAGGCUCAACACUCGACAGUCUAGAUCCUUUCUUGUCUUCUGCUAGUCAAAUCAGACCAUCUCCUCCUUCCCAGAGGGGUAACCAAGAAGGAGGAGGCACUCCGGGAGGGCUUCGCUUUCAUCAUCCAAUGACACCACCAUCUAAUCCUCAUACGCCUGCAUCUCCUCAUACAGGCAUGCUAUCACAGAGCUAUCGAACCUCCCCCAACCCCUCCUUCCCAUUGGCCUCACCCCCAUCCUUAGGGUCACAAGGCCAGCAUGUAUCGCCAUCUACAUCUAUGUUCCACGUGCAGGCCCAGUCACCAGGGAAUAUCUUUGCUGGAAGCUCACCCGUGAAUCCACUACAUGUUCCUUCACCAUCAUUUCUACCAGCUCCUUCACCAUCAUCUUCAUCACAAGUCCAAAUGCAAUCUCCUGCUGGCUUUAUGGGUUCACAGAGCCAUGCAGAAGGAGGAUCACCUUUUCCACCCAGCAACUCAGCUGGUAGUCUUUCUUUGUCCAGUCCUGCACCUGGUGGCUGGCCAGGAAGUCCAUCUGUCCCUCGUCCUUCUCCACGACCAUUAGGAGCUGCCCAGAGUCCAGGCAGCAGUGGUCAUCCUGCAUUACAUAGCCCUCAAGCUGCUGGCACUGAACACACUAAACAAACUGGAAUCUCACACACAAGCUCUCGAGUACUUCCUCACCGUUCAUGGGCUGCUGCUGUCCCAACAGUUUUAUCACACAAGGCAUUUGAUCUAUUAUGUAGUCCAGUUGCUCCUCCCCAGGGGGCACCACCAUGCCACUACUCCCCAUUAGAACGUUUUCUUGGAUGUGUGUUCAUGAGAUAUAAUCUUCAAAGAGCAAUUCAAAAAGAUGACAGUCUGACCUCUGUACAGUCCAGUGAGCCAGGAGUUCUGCAGUUUAAUGUUGAAACAAUGCACUGUAAAGUUAUUCUCAACACCAUUACUCUCCAAUCGCUGAAUCUAAAGCUAGUAGCAGCACCUGAAUACAAGGACCAAUGGAAUCCAGAGGAGUUACAAGUCUUAGAAAGGUUCUUUGAUACAAAGGUUGUUGGUAUACCGUAUAAACCGAAUGCCUUUAUAGCUUUUGGUCGCAUCCUGAAUGCUUCUCUUAGGAUAUUGAAAGACUGCAUAAAUAUAAUGCGGCUUGAACUGGCACCAGACAGGAAUCUCAAGUGGGCCGUUCAGUUCUGUUUAACAAUACCUCCAGCAGCACCCCCUAUUGCUUUAACUGGAAUGUCGGCAGUCCUUAUGGUCCAAAACAAGAUUCUGCUCUUUUUUCAACUUACAAGAAUUGGGCUGAACCUGGCUCCUGGUGUUGAACCCCAGACAGUUGUAGUUCCCAUUCUCUAUGACAUCAACAAUAACGUAACCCAGCUGUGGGACAGACGAGGUCAUUCUUCCUUGUCCCCUACAGACCCUCUUUCAGUCAUCGGCAACAUGUUGCGUCGUUUUAAUGAGUACAAUCCUCCACAAGGUGAAUGCAGUAUUUACCCUGCUGUUCGUGAACUGCUCACUAACCUUGUAAUACCAAUAUGAUGUGUUCCUGAGCAUGUUGGCAAGACAUGGCAUCACUAGUUGGAAGUCCUGAUUAACUUAGCACCAUCUCAACACUUGGUUGAUUAUGGAUAUAUCAGCUUGAAUUUGUAGACAAUUAAAAACUAUUAUUUGUAGAUAGAAGUAUUAAUUUGAAUUCAUGAGGACCCUAGCCCGACAUUUAUAAUGAAAGUACUGUUAAAUUUGUGAAACCUUUCAAAAAAUGUCAAGCAAACACAAGAACAUGAACUUUGAUUGUGUAUAUGAAAAAUUUUGGUUGUCAUAGAAAUAAUUUGAACUGUUAAACUAUAUAAAAACUGAUGAUCAUUAGAAGGAGUUUCAAUCUAAACUCCCAGUUAUCCAAGGACCAUUUAUUAACAUCAGUAACCACUAUGAAAAUAUCAUUAUCAUAAUUCUUAGCUCUCUUUGAUCGUGUGAGAAGUGGUCUGACUUCGUAAAAUAUUGUGACCAUGCUGAUUAUUUAAGAUGUAUUGGUUAGCCAGGAUAUACCUGCAACAGUGUUAGAUAUUGUGAAAUUUCGAGCUCAUUGUGUAGUUUCUGGUAAUGCAGUUGAUUUCAAUAGAGGUUAUAUUUUCACCAACUUUGGAGAUCUGUGAAGUAAAAUAUUAAGGUCAUUUCAUAGCAUAUCUGUAUUCAAAAUUACUGGAGUUUCAUAAAAAUCUAUCCUGAGAAGUUUUGUACAUGUAGCAUUUCUACUGCAACACGUAAUUUAUACGUUAUCUUUUUUAACUCUGAAGUGUAAUUUGUAAAUCAUUAAAUUUUAUUGGGAAUGAA